GCGUCGCGGAUAUGGCCGCGCUGCUGUUCGGAUCUUCUCGGGCUCCACAGCGCCGCUGGAGGAGACGGGGGAUGUGAGACACCGGUCUGGCCUCCCGAGACGAUGCUCGCUCUCCUGGGCGCGGCGGCCCUGGUGCUGGUGGCUGGGGAGCCUUGGGUGCUGCUGGCAGCCGCAGGUGGAGAAGAUCUGGAACCUCCUGAGGAUAUAGAUGUCUACAUCAUAGACGACAACUAUACCCUAAAGUGGAGCAGCAGAGAGGCAGUGGGCAAUGUGACGUUCUCAGCAGAAUAUCAAACAGAAGAGAUGGAGAACUGGUUAAAAUUGCCUGGGUGUCAACAUAUUACGGGGACCGAAUGCAAAUUCUCUUUACUGGACACAAAUAUUUAUAUCAAAAUCUCGUUUCGAGUAAGAGCAGAAAAAGGAAAGAACACUUCUCCAUGGAAUGAGGGUGACCCGUUUAUUCCUUUUCAAAAAGCUCACAUUGGCCCCCCAGGAGUACGUUUAGAAGCUGAAGAUAAAGCUAUACUAGUAUACAUCACUUGUCCCGGACAAGGUGGAAACAUGUGGGCAACAGAUAAUUUUAGCUUCAGGUACAAGAUAGUAAUCUGGCAGAAGUCUUCAGGUGUGACACAAAUUAUUAAAACCACAUAUUACACAGAAAGGAUUUUAAAACUGUUACCGGAGACUACUUACUGUUUAAAAGUGGAAGCAACACAUGUGUCCCUCAGGAAACACAGCAACUACAGUGCAGUGCAAUGUAUAAACACCACAGUGGCAGAUAAAAUGCCUAUGCCAGAAAACAUAGAAGUGGAUGCUGAUGGUGAGAGCUAUGUUCUGAGCUGGGACUAUGCAUCUCCAAACGUGAGCUUCCGAGCGCAGUGGCUCCCUAGCUAUUUGAAAAGUAUUUCUGGAAGCUAUUCGGAUAAAUGGGAAGCCAUUCCGACCUGUGCAGGUGUCCGAACUACGCGCUGUGUCUUUCCUCAGGAUGCCAUCCACACAGGAACUUUCUUUCUCCGGGUACAAGCAUCACAUGGAGAUAACGCAUCUUUUUGGUCUGAAGAGAAACUUAUUAAUUCUCAAAAAUACAUUGCCAUCCCCGCUCCAGUCAUUGCCGUCACCCCGUCCAGGGAUUCGCUGCUUGUCUACGUCAGCUGUCAGGACAGCCCCAGCACCACAUGUCAUAGGCUGGCUUAUGAAGUCAGUUUCUGGGAAAACACUUCAAAUACUAAGAUGAAAAUGGUAAAGGAAAGCCCAGAGUUUACCAUUGGGAACCUGCAGCCACUGACUCUGUAUUGUGUACAAGCCAGAGUACACUCGUUUGCCGUGUGGAACAAGAGCAGCAGCUUCAGUGAGACGCUGUGUAAGGAAACGAGGCCAGGAAAUUCUUCCCAAAUCUGGAUUAUGACUGCACUUAGCGUUGUGAUUUUUUCUGUCCUGGUCCUGGUUUCAUAUGCUGGGAGGAGCCUCCUGAAAUACCUCAGUUGUGUGUACUUUUCAUCCCCCAAGCCUCCUCCCAGUAUUGACGAGUUUUUCUCUGAGCCGUCUUCAAAGAACCUUCUGUUUCUGACGCCCGAGGAACACACCGAGAGGUGCUUCAUCAUUGAAAACACAGACACAGUGACAGAAGAAAGUCAAGCGUCCGAGGAAGAUCACAGGAAGUACAGCUCCCAGACCAGCCAGGACUCGGGGAACUAUUCGAACGAAGAGGGAAGUACUGGGAGUGACAGUGGUGCAGGGCUCAGGCCCUCGGACUGACCCGCCCCCAGCGGGCUCUGCUGGAGAUCCGUGGGGGCGCCCUCCUGGGACCCGAGACGGAGUCUGCUCCUCGGGAAAGGAAAAGCGUCUUCAGAGCCCAGGCCGGCAGACGAGGCAUCCCUCCACUGCUGACGCGGAUGGCCACAGUCUGGAGUGAUGUGCGUUCGUCUGUGAGGAGGCACGCUUGACUGAAGGUGGCUGCCAUAUCUGCUGACAGCUGGAAUCCCAGGGUGCUGGUUUGUGCCGCAGGUGUGGCCCGUGCUGCACAGGCCAUCUGGUGUUCUCUCUGUGUUCAUGUUCUAGGGGAUGUCUAGAACAUGUCUAGAACUGCCGUAGCUCCUGAGGUGUCUCAGAGGUACUCUUGUCUACACUAGCACUUCCUAACCCCUAACUGACCAUAGCAGCGGCGUCCGACUAGAGCUCAGAGGUCACUGAAGCCAUGGAGAUCUCAGUGUGGCCUGGGGCGGCACGGUCCACUCUAGUGCGUGUGGAUCUAGGAGAUGCCCGUGACAGGACAGAAGUGACAGGACAGACGUGGGUAUUCAGGAAGCAGCAGCUAGUGAACUGGGGAGGAGGAAGACCACGUGCAGCCAGCCUUCUUAUUAACGCCCUGUGUGUUUCGGUAGCCUCUCUGUGUUACUUUAUAUGGAGGCCGACCUCGCCUCUGUCUGGCAGUAUUCGGGUCCCCCUUCUCAGCAUCCAUGUACUUAAAAAGUGUCACAUAGUAAGGGGGGGAGGAGUUGGUUGCCUGGUGCUGUCGGCAGGUGCCUAGAAUCCACUUCACAGGGACGCUCAUGAGUAUCUUCUGUAGGCAGGACAUCGAGCAA